CCGCUAAACCAAACCAGUUACCACUCUUCAAACUCCCAGCUCCUCUGCUGCUCUCGAAUCCAUCGAUCAAAUCGCGUCAUUGUUGGAUCGAAGGGAGGUAGAAGGAGCACUCGUUCCAUCUCCAACUCUUGUAGACUCCAUACCGCCCUCUGCGACCUCUUACAGGCAUCCUUCCAUUCCACCGCAGAUUCACCUCUCCUCUCAUCGUCGUCCUCGAGCUCUCUGGAUUUGCGUUGGAGAUCCAUCUGAACUUGGAUUUACUUCGUCCUUCGCUGGUUUGGAAAACAAGGAGACUGCUGCGAACUGGUGGGAGCAAAAGGCAGCGAAAAGGCUUUGUCACGGAUCCAGAUCACAAGCAUGGACAAAACUGCGAAUUUGGUAUUGAAUAUGGAAGGUCUGCCUCAACCGCCUGAUAAAUGCUGCUCUGGAAGUCCAAAAAUGACCAGAGCCCUAUCGCGGAAGGGUUCCAAUCGCAUGGAGAGGAGGGGUGGUGAAGAGCAGGAGCAAGAGGACUUUGCCAAAAAACUUAUCAUCAAAAUUGUGCCAUCUCAAUUGGAUCAGCCCUUGGUUCAGAGCAAGUCUCUGGUUGCUCCGUAUUGUACUCCCUGCACACCUGUCCUUAUUGAUUCUGGGGAAGGCAGGAGCAAAAGAUUUAACCGAUUCACAUCUAUUAACCCUCGGAAAAUUCUUCUCUUAUUUGCAACGCUAUCGAGCGUGGGGACAACGUUGCUGAUAUACUUCACGCUCGCGAUCAACAGCAAAGCGGAAGCGUAGCCGUUAGCAUACACCAUUACGUCGGCGCCAGCAGUACAUUCCGAGCUAGAGUUCUCUCCAUUUUCAGAUUAUGUUUUGUUGGGGGGAGCAUCACAGCAUCAGUUGCGACGAAAUGCAGCCAGGUUGUUACUGUCCGUGAGACGCUGUUUGAGGGGUGGUCAUUGUUCCUUCAUCCCCUUGCCUCCCAUAGUCUCCUUUUCAUCUGCUUGUAUAUUUCUUGUCGUGAAUUGUAACGUCAUUCGGCCGGUUGCGUCACCCCCCUGUGCGAGGGAAAUAGAUGGGCUUGGGUUGGGCUGUGCUUUGCCUGGUGUUCUCUGUCGUCGUUGUUUUGCUAGACCAUGGGCCUGUUC